AUGACUCAAGAUGCUAAAUCUAAAGGAGGUAGACUAAAAGUAAGUUUUUUGAAACUUUGUAUUUGAUUUUUAGAUGUGACAUACAGAAUAAUAUGGUUUACUUGAAAAAAUUAUUUAAAUAAAAAACCAUUUUUUUAGUUGAUAAUUCGCCGUUUACCCCGCGAAUUCACGGAAGAAGACUUGAAAGAGCAAAUCGACCAAACUUAUGAAACUAUAUGGUUUUGUCCCGCCGACAAAGACCUUAUGCCAUGGUCCUACUCUCGAGCCUACAUUGUCUUUGACAACAUGGAGAAAGCUCAAGAGUUCCGCAACAAGUUUCAUGGCUACGUAUUUGUGGAUAAAAAGGGAAUUGAAAACCAGGCGGUAGUGGAAAUGGCAUUUCAUCAAGAGGUACCAAAAAGCUUCCCCAAAGAUGCACUGAUCUCGGACAAACGUACCGGAACGUUAGAGACGCGACCGGAUUACCAAGAGUUUUUGAGCGCUUAUGAGGCUACGACUGUGGUGAAGAAGGUAACGGACUUUGACGAGUUGAUCAAGGAAGUGGAGAGCAAGGAGAAGAUGCUGGAAGAUGGGCAAGUUCAGUCGACUCCGUUGACUGAUUUUAUGAGUAAACAGUAUGUAGAGAAAGUAGGUUAAUAUAUUGUCUGUAAAAAAAGAUGACUUGUAUUUUGUUUUUCGGGAUAUGAUUUUUAUGAUAAUGUGUUAUCUUGGUAUGUAUUUUAGUAUGCUAAAGUUUAUUUUUUAGGAAAAAAAGCGAAAAGCUCGUAGAGAUCGUCAUGCUCCAUUCGCAGCCAUCGAAGAAGAGAAGAAGACUGAUUUCGGAAAGAAACCAGCAUAUAAACGUAGGUUUUUGACGAUUUUGGAUAUUUUAAAGCAUGAUGAUUGUAAAAGUGCACGAUGUAAAAUACGAACGUCAUUGUUAAAUUUUAAAAUUUGUGUCAAACAAUUAAUAAUAUUUUUUUAUUACCUUAUUUUAGAAGGCGGAAGGUCUGAAACUACCCGAGAACAGCGAAGAGAAGAGAAAAAAGAGAUUAAGAAAGAACGCUUACAGAAAUUGCAGGACAAGUACACUAAACCAGAGAAAAGCGGUAAGUAAAAUACGCUUAUAUGGCUGCUUGAUUUUUUAAAACCUCUUUAACUUAAAUUGUAAACCUAGACUCUUGUUAUAGUUAACAUUAAUAAUAAUGGCUUCUUUUUAUGCUAAACUAUAAUAUUGGCAAAACCAUCUUACAAUAGACACAAAGUACUGUAUUUUGGUGUGUCUUAUAAUCGGAGGCUACCUUACCUUCCAAAUAAAGACAAAACUUGCUUUAGAUUCAAAGCUAGACUUCAAAAAAGAGCCUCGGGAACCCAGAGAGCCGAGAGAACCCAAAGAAGCUAAAGACCCAGCGGUACAAAAGGAAAAAGAGCCAAAAGAGACCAGAGAACCAAAAGAACAACGAGAACGACUAAAGAAGGAAGAAAAGCCAGAAAAAGAGAAGAGACCACGUCGAAGAGAUAGAGAAGAGCGAAAGGAAAAAGAAGAGAAGAAGGAAGAAAAGAAAACCAUCAAAUUACUGACAAAAGACAAGAAUAACGAAGAUGUUUUCACCGAAAUUCAGAAGUCAUCAAGUGAGAAGGAGCGUCUGCCAUCGGCCUUGGUACCGGACCCAUCAAUGGUCAACGAGAGGACAGCGAAAGGCGGAGAGGGCAAGGAGAAGAGGGAGAGGACUAGAAAACAGGUAUUUUUAAAGGUUUUUGCGCAUAAAAAUGGAUGAUUAAAGGCCACUUUUUAAUGAAAAUGAUUUAGAAAAUAGUAAGAAAGGGAGAGCAAUUGGGUAGGGCAAUGACAUUUAGGGGGUGGUUUUUUUAAAAUAGAGCUAGAAUGAAUUAAAAAGAUAAUAUUUAACCUACAGAUCAUUACACUUUUUUAAAAAAUUUUAUACAUUUUUUAAUUCUUGCUAUUUCAGCAACGCCCCGAACGUGAAGUAUACCGUCCGACUCGAGCCCGCCAGCCAAAAGAACUCAAAGAAAAGCCAGCCGGCUAA